UAUCUUACUCAAGCUGCUGUACCUUACCUCAGGCACACUAGCUCUAGUUCCCAUUCGUUCGACGUGUCUCUGCACAGCCCUCGGCACCAUUCUGGCCCUACAUAAACGUAUCCCACGGGGAGGAUCUUGUGCGUUUAGGCGCCUGUACUGUACAUCAGUUCUGACGCACCAAAUCCCGUCCUGUGUGGUCGGCCUUUUAAUUGGAAUUCUGGAUGAAAAGGGACCACCCACAUACACAGAGUUUAGACAGGCUCCCCUCCCUUACAACCAAAACUACGGACCAGCUGUAGCCGCCCGGCUUUCACCCUCUCUUCUCGUCCCAAUAGAAGUUGCCCAGAGCGGAAUCUUCCAAAGUAACAUAAAUCGUCAGAGUCCUGGCCCUAGACCAGGUAUAGCUCCUAUCAGCCGUCAAGACACUGAUCGACCAACCUUAUUAAUUGUAACGCAGUCGCUGCUUGCAGUUAUUCGUGCUGUUGUGUUGUGGUACGGAUUACAGGACAAUACCCGCCCGCCGCACCGCAACCCACCGCAACCCAAGCAACUCAUCUCCACCAUCAUCUUCGUCUGCGCAUCCAAGAGCCUAAGGUACGGCAGCAUUCCCCAUCCUCAAUAUCAUACGCAAAACAAUACCGAUUUUCUACACGUCGCAUUCAUCUACUUCAAACUACACCGUUCCCGCUCAAACUGCGCGUUUCGCAACCCCUUCCACGCGUCGGCCGCCGUGAUAGGACAGUCCCCCGCCCAUUGCAUCACCUUGAAAGCGCACAGCCCCCGGCAUCGCCACGGUGCCUGAAGGCUGACUCCAGAGUCUGCCUUGUCUACAGUAUUCUACAGUACUUCGUCUGCUUCUAAACUCGGAAACAUCAUGGAUCAACAAGCUCAACGAGGCCGGUCUCCUUCGGCUGGCCAUCAACAGCCUCAUAUAAACCAUUCUCAUUCCCCGUCGCCGGCGCCCUAUCAGCAUAACGAUCCAUCCGUUGGUCUUGGUCUCACUCUCGACCAGUCCGCUCAACAGUCUUACGAGGCCUUCAACGGUUCAGGUUUUCUAAGCCCUCAGCAAUCGCCUUCUUUCCUUCCUCCUGCGCAUCAACAGAGCAACUCCUUCGCACAAGCCAACUUGUCCGACCCCGCUAUUCUCGACCCCAAUAACACCGCUUCAUUCGGACAGCAGCCUGCCAGCUCCGACACUUCGCUACCCUUCAAUAACCAGGCUCAGGCAGCUUACCUGUCGCCGAACCUCAACGAUAACGACUUCUCUCUCUUUCCGAAUACUAGUGGCCAGGGCGACCAGUUCAACACCCCCUUGUUCGACCAGUCUACACUAAAUCCUAACGACAUGAAUACCAUGGCGUCGCAAGGGCAUCACUCGCCUACCCCUCCUCAUCUAUUCCAGCACGAUGCUCAACAACCUGGUUCUGCUCACCAGUCGCCCGCCUUUAACCAGCACCAGUUCUCUUCACCACCUAGCCAUUCGCGACAUACUUCACUCGGCCCAGCAGAUGCUUUGCUCCCAAACCAGAUAGCCGAUUGGAACCAGCCUCAGUUCCAGCGCCACCGUCGCACACCCUCUGAGUACUCGGACGUUUCGUCCGUGGCUCCAUCACCGAACCUUGUUAGUGCUGAGUCCUUUGAGACUGAUAUCGGUGGGCACUCGCCUGCACAUCGUCCUUCUGAUGGCAGUCUAUAUCAAGAGGUGUUGAGCAUGGGUAACUUUAGUCUCUCCGACCCUCAAGUCGGUGGUAGUCCUGGACACCAGGGUCGUAGUCCUUCCCAUAGUCCCGCAAUCAGCCCCCGCAUUGUUCCUCAGCAGAUGCCGGACCUGAACCAGCUGAAUCAAAACAGUUUUGGUUUGGCAGGUCCUCACAAUCCAUAUGGAGUUCCCUCUACCUAUCCUGACGUUUCAGCGCCCGUCGAGGCUUUCCCUUCCCUCCAGCCUUCGGGCGCUGAUUUGUCGUCGAUGGCCCCUCCUGCGAUCAAUAUUGACUUUGCGCCUACAAAUGCUAAGCAAGGUGCUUUUGAUACUCCCAAAUCUCGUAUGGAUCAGGAUUCUCUGACCCCGCCAGACAGAGGUCGCCCCCGAUCCCGUCCACGUGCAGUGACAGAUCCUUUCCAUCCUGGUGGCGGUCUGCUAGGUCGCCAAGGCAAUGCCAACAUCAUCUCGCCUUCCCUAGGCGCCGACUUAGCAGCAAGAGCAGACUCCAGAUCUUUAUCUCCUCUGGACAGGCAAGCAGGGACUUCACCCUCCAGGAGAAGACAGUCCACAUCGGCUGUCCCCAACAACGUUAUCGCUCUUAGACUGGCCGAUCCUGAGUACCAGAACAACCAGGACAGCGGGGCUGCCAAGCGGGUUCAGAAACACCCUGCCACUUUCCAGUGCACAUUGUGUCCCAAACGAUUUACGCGUGCGUACAACUUGCGCUCACAUCUGAGAACGCACACAGAUGAGCGUCCUUUUGUGUGUACAGUAUGCGGAAAGGCCUUUGCUAGGCAACACGAUCGCAAGCGACACGAGAGUCUUCACUCCGGAGAAAAGAAGUUUGUAUGUAAAGGCGAUCUCAAGGUUGGAGGUCAGUGGGGAUGUGGUAGAAGAUUUGCCCGUGCCGAUGCUCUAGGCCGUCAUUUUAGGUCCGAAGCUGGUCGCAUCUGCAUCAAGCCUCUGUUAGAUGAAGAAAUGAUGGAACGACAACGACUCUGGCAAGAACAACGGAUGCAACAGAACAUGGCGCAGAGCAUGGCUGUUGCAUCCAGUAUGCCGAUGGAUGGCCCUAUUUAUCCUAUGGAUCCUUCUGGCAACCCAAUGCUUCCAGCGGCUCUCUUGGCCCAAUAUCCUGCAUUAGCUCAGCUGAACUGGUCUACACCUGAUGUGAACGCUGGCAUGGACGACGAGGUUAGUGGCCGUUCAUCGUUUGAUGCCAGUGACUAUGACGAAAACGAAGACGGUGGAUAUGUGAGUGGCCCUGGCACGGGGUUUGGCGAGGGUGGGAUGGGUCAAGGCUUUGGUGAAAUGGGAUACGCGAGCGAUUUCGGGGGCCGGUAAAAUGGGCUCACUCGCCAUAAGAGUAUGCAUACAUUGUUGACGCGACCAAUGCCUUUUUUUUGUUAUCAGCGUUCUUUACCUUACGCCUUACUUCUUUCUCUAUCCCUCGGGGAAUUACUGUUUUUCUACUUCACAGCCGUCUUUUGGAUACUGCUAGAUGGGGCGUGGUUACAACAUCACAACGGUUAUACAUACAAUUGGAUCCAGGGUGAUUUUUUAUCAUUUUUCUUUCUUUUCUUUUUGGGGAGUGUUUGGGUAUAGACGGUACGCGCAUAGAUACCAAAUCUAGUCUGUUCUGUUCCUUCGAUAUGACAUGUUUUAUCUCUUAUUUCUCGUUCAAUCUGAUUAGGUUGUAAAGUUGAAGCUUGCUUUUCAGUUCUCGGUCUGGAUAUGGUUCAUACAUCCUGGCAAUUACAGAUGAUCAUACAAUAUCAACAAGUAUAGUUAAGAUAUUGAUUGCUUGGGAACAUAAAUAGUACUUGAUACCAUCUAUGCAGACAGUAUGAACGAUAUCGAUGUCUAAGCUACACCACCCAUUGACUGGCCCCCUUUGUUACUUUUGCCCAGCGCUGACUUAUGGAAGCCCCCCCUUCUUUGGAUAUCUUGCAGUAGUUAUAGUAAGAGAUUAUAAAAUACGAAGUCAAACCCAUAAAUGGCAAUACCAACGCCUUGCAAAAACACCGCACUGACUUUCCUUCUCCCACCAUUUGAACACAUUCAUGUGUUGAUGACCACUUCGUUUCUUGAAUUAGAGUCUUCACCAGAUAGCAUAUACACAUAUGGUCAAUACAUCGGCGAGGUUCCAAAGUAGUCCUUAAAUGUCUUCGCCAUGAAAUUCUCACAAAUUUCACGAUGUACAGCCACACAAGAUUCGGUAAUGAAUGGCAUCAGAAGAGAAUUGCAUUCGAGGAGAACCUGCUCGUGUAGCUCGAAUUCGUCCCCUUCAGCAGUCGCCGUGCUACCUGAUGCAGUGCUAUCAGAUCCCGCGGGUGAUAUCGGACCCGAGGGCGAUCGGCCGUGCUGUUGUUGGCGCACCAUCCACUGGGCUCGGACCACGACGCCCACAGGGGCUUUCGCACGAGAGCGAAGGCCAUCAGGUAUUAUCUGAAAAAUGGCCUUGUAAGAAAUGGUUUUGCCAAGACCAGGAGCGAGAUUGACGAGCUCUUGCAUUUGAAAAGCGCGAAAGGAGUCAUCGAAGGGUCCAAAGAAAGGGUCGUCAGCUGUGUCUGCCGGAUCAGCUUGGACUUCUUCCAAGCUCGUCACUGUCCUGUGGUGGGCGACAAAUGGGUCUACGGCUUGCAGAGCUGCUACCACGGCGCUGGGAGGGAGAGUGCCCGGUAUGGGAACAGAGAUCGAGAGAAGUUGUGUUGAGCGCAUUUUAUAUAGAUUUGGAGCGCUUCUGGCGAUAUAGAUGAGUGUCAAGUCUCUGCGAACGGGUAUACAGAAGAUGAACAAGAGGGUGCAGAGUGAGCAGUUGAUCGUGGCUGUCUUGUUAGACGAAACUUGGCCAACACUGGCGACUAGAGUCUGCGGACGUUGGUAAUGUUGAAAGUAAUGAUAUCGAGAUGUUUAUCCUUGUAAGACUGCCCAAGGCGCACAUGGUGAUUGUCAAUGGCGAUUGACGGUUAUUAUCCCAUUCGAGAUAGUUGAAGAGUAAGCCAAGGCGGACUGAUAGCAACAGCAGCGAAAGAAGAGAUAGUCAUAGAAAAGAAGAGCGUUCUUCGCAAAGACCCAGUCAACUUAUCCACUGCAACAUGCAAGACCAGGACGUGUUAGUCGACGACAAGAUUGUGAUAUCCAAAGGACAAAAAGAUGCUCGACAAGAACAGCGGAGAAUAAGUCAAAGCCUGCGCCUCACAGAGACUGCUUCAUGUCCUCUCUUGGCUCUUUGUUCACAUGAAACGGAGAUUCAAUCCGACGACAAGCGGAGCAGAGCGGAUAUGCUAGGUAUGGAUAGAUGGCAUGCACUGCGCUUCCAUGCAGGGCGGGAGUUGAGAAGCGAAUAGGCGCCCGCGCGUAUCGGAACAGGAGCAGUCAGAUUUGAAGUCUCACAGCCCUUGCACCUCGUUCUCUUCUGUUUUUUUCCCCCUGGGUAUGUGCGAAAGCGACAGCAGGGGGACAAGGAAAGAGCAAAAGGUGAUAUUGUGUUGUGUUGCGUUGAAUGAGUUGGGCAAAGUUACGUUCGAGGUGAGUUGAGUUGAGGCUAAACCAAAUGGUGGCUGAAGAGUUAAAAAUAUACUGAACCUGCACAGUAAUGUACCCAAGGUAUAGUAGUACCUAAGGCGGGGGCAUGUGGUAGCUGAGGGGCCCUUGUUACAGUGGGUGUAAGGAGUCUAGGAAGAGAGAACACGGAGCAAAGAGGGGAGAUAGGUAGAUGGAAAGAGCGAAAUGAGGUAGUAAUGACUGCAAUGGCAA